UAGAAUUGAGAUGAGGUUGAUAGCGAUGGGAGUUCAUCGGCCGGUGUAUUUUAUUUAUCUCCCCUGGAACACGGCAGUCGGCAUGGCAUACAAGUACAACUAUGCAUGCAUUGCCUGUGCCUCUUCGAUAUGUGAUGAUCGUCGUCAUAUCGUCAUCGUCAUUGUCGAAUAGUAGCACUUGGACCGCGUUGCGCAGAGGUUGUUAUUGAGGCCGUUAGACACACAUUUGUUGUUUUUUUCAAUUUCUGGAUUUUUGUUCGACUAACUAACAACAGUUUUACGCGUGCAUAAUGAGUUGUUUGUUUUUGAUGUGUAUGUGCGUGUGUGUGUUUAAAUUUCGCUAGAUAUAAUAUAUGGCAAGGACAAUUACAAUAACAAGUCAAUAAGAAAAAAAGAAGUGUGUUCAAUCAUUUUAGUAAAUUAGUAAUUAGUAAUUAUCAAUAUCAAUAAAGUCAAGAUUACAUUACUAUGCAUCCCACUCAUUGAAACCGUAAAUAUUUUAUACCUACCUCCUUUUGUUUUGUUUUUGUUUUGUUUUGUUCAACUUCAAUCGGUGUUGCUAUUUUGCUAUUGCUGCUGUUGUCUGUUGUUGUUUAAUUCCGAAAAAAAAACUUAUUUAUUAAUAUUAUUAUUACUGAUGUUGUUGUUGGUGUUGUUGUUGUUGUUGCUGUUGUAACAACAACAACACGUCCGGAUGAAAGAUGCUGUCAAAUAGUGUUAAGGCAUUGAUUUCAUUCGCGGAUGAGGAGAACCGCCGAGAACGUCGCUGUGUCGUCGUGCUUGUGAACGGAUAAAACAAUUGUAUUUUUUUUUUGUUUUAAAUUCACAAAACAGAAGAAGUUAAAACUGUUGUUUUGUUCAUUCAAACGGAAAUUUUUGAAAAAAUAAAAAAUAAUAUACCCUCAUAAUAGUGCUUAAACGACUAUUAAAUUUUAUUUUUCAUUCACUAGUGCGUCGUUUACUUUCGUUUAUUCAUUGUCUAUUUUUUUAUAAUUAUUUAAUUGAUUGCAAACAUAAACAAAAUUUAAUAAAAAAAGUACUUUGAAAAUUGAAAUUUUGAUUAUUUUUUCAUUUUGACAGAAAAACUUGUGAAUAAAAAGUGUUGAAAUGGUGAAGACGUAAGGUGUUAAGAAAGUUGUUAUCAAUAUUGCCAAAAAGUUUAUUUCAAAAAUUUAAGCAAGAAAUAUAUUCCACAAAACGUCGUCGAUAAGCAGAAAAAAAAUCAAUUUGUAAUCAAAAUUUAUUGGGCGGUGAUCCUUUGGAAAUAUUAUAAAAUUUAAAAUAAAAUUCGUGUGUUUGUUCUUCAUUUUUGUUAUUUUUUUUGUUCGCAUCCCAGAAAGUUAUGGAAAAAUGCUGAACAUAAAUAAUGUGAAUAUAAAAGUUUGCGAAAAUGAUAACGAUGGAAUAUCCUCAUCAACAAUAAACCAUAAUAUUUGUAUAAAGUUUCAACGUUCAAUAUUAAUAAAGGUCUGGUGCUGAUAUCUCUGUUAUUUUUGUCUAUAAUAAAAUAAUUGAAGCUCCAAAUCUAAUAAAUAUAAUAAUACAAAACAAACAACGCAAUAUUAAACAAAUUAAAUGUGACUAUCAUGUGCCAUUUUCGUAGUCGGAAUAAUAACUUAACUAGUCAGACCAGUGCAUUUAAUUGAAAAAUAAUAUAUUUCAUAAAAAAUAAAAAUAAUAAAUAUAUAAAUAAAUUAGAAACUUUGAGUGAAUUAAAUAAGAAAUUGAAUUUAUAAAUCGUGUACAAAGAAAAAGUGAAGUAAAGGAAUACAAAAUCAAGUGACAAAAGCCCAGUGUUUCUAAAGUGUUUCUUAUAAGAAAACUUAAGAAGAAGAAAAAAUAAAAACAAAUCCUUUUCAAGGAGAAAUAUUCAAUUUUUAUGUUGUAUCUUGUGGAAACAGGCUUGGAUUUAAGGUAAAUCUUAAUGGAAAAAAUUCUGCAGCAUGUCAUCAAAAAGAAAAUCACCCCCGAAUAAAUUUGAGGGCGGUGGUGGAGGGGAGAGUGGUGCUGCAACAGUUUCGUCACCGUUUGCAAAUGAAUUUGUUGGGCAACACCAACACCAGUUGCAUCAGAAACAGGAACACCUAAGACACAUUUUCGAUACCUUUAGCAAUAGAGCAGAUACCCAAUCUAGUAACAUCUUACCGUACAUUCAUCAUUUGAAUCAGCAGCAAAAUUCUUUGCAAGCUGCAGUUGCUGUUGCAGUAGCUGCUCAACAACAACAACAAAAACAGGGAAGUUUUAAGGCUGAGUAUAGUGAGGUGACCGCUAUGAGAAAUAGCUAUUCCCCAAGUCAACACCACCACAACCAACAACAUACUUGGGAGCAUAACACAAGAGAAAACUAUCUACCAAAAAUCAGCAGCAUCGUCAUGGGUGACAGUUAUGUCAGUGACAAUCAUGAAUUUAAAUCUUCGCCCCCAAUCAGACACUUAGAACAAAGUGAAGCAGUAUAUUCACCGGAUUAUCUGAUGAAGUCUGCUAGAUUAGAAAGGCUGGAAAGUUACACUUCUACAGAGAGUGUUGGAAAAAUUGAACACAGUGAUUCAACAAACGACUGUGAUGGCUUAUUGAUAGAUAAUGUAAAGACCCCAAAUAGUUGUACCAGCGUUAGCGAAUGGGGUAACAAAGACUGUCAACUACCGACCGAUGAAGAUGAAGAUGUUGAAGAUGAUUUGGCUUGCGUCGAAGAAGAGAACAAUGUUGGAGGUGGUGUUGAAGAUGCAAAUCUAGGUAAUAAUUAUGACUGUGAUGAGAGUGAUCCGGGUUUGUGUAUGGAUGAGAAUGAAGAUAAUGCUGCUGCGCCCAUAGCCACUAAUUUUGCUGAGAAAUUUAAAACGGAAGUCGAAAUUGGUGGAGAAGUCACUGAAACAGUUGGCUUGACUAGGGAUAUUUCAGUUUUAGAAAGUGAGUUCAACCCUGAACCUGAUGACUGCUCAUCGUCACCGCCAAAAAAACGCUCAAAAAGCAAUACAAAUUUAGAAAGCAAUUUUACAACAAAUGCAAAUAAUAACAAUAAUAAUAAUAGCAAAAGCAAAAACAACAAUACUUGUUAUAGAAACAAUAAUAAUAACAAUAUUAAUGUAGACAAAAAUAGUAGCAAAUUUUAUUUAACAAAUAAUGAAAAUGGUGAAAACUUAAAUGAAGCAAUACAACAACAACAACAACAACUAUUCCAUCAACUUUAUCAGCAGCCAUCAAUGACGACGAUAUCAGCAUCAUCUUCUAUUGAUGAAGCAACAAAUUGUAUUCUAAAAAGAAAUUCAACAACAGCAUCAUCAACAACAACAACAACAUUAUCAUCAACAUCAACAACAAUUAAUGCAACAUCAGUAACGAAAUGGCAGCAGCAGCAGCAUGAAACGAAAACAACAAGAACAAUAAUAGCAACAUCACCGGCGAUGGAAACGGAAAGCCAACUAGAAAUUGAUACAAGAGAAAUUCAAGAAGAACAGCAGAAAAAUAAAAAUAACACCAACAGUGAUUUUAAAAAUGAAACAAGUAACAGUGAUUAUUCCUUAAAAAGCAAUCGUUUAAGUCAUAGUGGUAAUGGUAGUGUUAGUGGAAAUAAUAAUAGUAGUAGUAGUGGUAAUAGUAAAAUUAAACAACAAGAACUUUCCUUACUUCAACAUUUUUGCAAUAGUAGUUUUAUAAAUACGAAACAAGAAGAAGAGGAAAAACAACAACAAGAAGAAGAACACAAACAAGAACAACAACAAGAUCAACAACAAGAACAACACAAACAACAACCGGAACAACAACAACAACCGGAACAACAACAAUCGGAACAACAACACCAACAUCAAGAACAACAAUUUCACCAACAACAACAAAACCAACAACGACAACACCAUCAACAACAGCAUCAACAACACGAUCAACAACACCAUCAACAACACCUUCAAAAACAACAGCAACAACAACAAACACAACAUCAGCAAGAAGUUAACCAAAACCCGUAUGAACAACAGCAACAGCAGCAACAACAACAACAGCAACAUCAAGAACAACAACAACAAUGCCACCAGCAGCAACAAAAUAACAGUGACUCUAAUAAUUGUAAUAACCUAGAAAAUAAUAGGUACACCAAUAAUUAUUACAACACCAAUAGCAGUAAUAAUAACAACAAUAAUGUCAUAAGUAGCUGUAAUUCGUCAAAACGAACUAUGGACGAUGUUGUUAAGCGUUUGACACAUAAAAUGCAAAGUAAUUCAUUGGAUAUGCGGCAAAGUGGCAGCAGUUCACCAUCAUCAGCAAAUCUAAGUGAAAACAUGUCACCAUCGCCAAAUUCACUUUUAAAAAAUUUGGAUUACAACGUUGGACUUAGCGGAACCGGAUCUAUACAUGAUAAGGAACGCAAACUUACAGAGAUGAUUCGUCAGUUGCAAAUAAUACGUGAACGUUUACUUACGCAGACAAAUCCUGAGAUCUCGGACUAUGAAAAUCUACAACAGGAACACUUAAUGCGCAUUCAUAAUGAUUCUCGCCUUCAUGAGCUGCAAUCUCAGUUGAAUGCACAAUUUUCAGUGAAACAACCUGCAUCGGCACUGGUUCCGUUUCUGCCAGCUUUUUUGAGACCACCUUUGCCAGUACAACCACUAUGGGAUACAGCGACUGCUAAUUUAGCACAUUUGCAAGCUGCUCUUGUUGAAGCUGCAGCUGCUUCAUCAUCAUCAUCAGGCAACGGUUCGUUAAAUACAGAGUCACCACCAUUGCAACUUGGUCAAAAUAAUUCACCGUCGCCGUCGCAGAGUUCUUUACAAAAACAUUCUUCAGUCGAUCCAGAUACACCCCUUAACCUUACAAAGCCAAAAUCAUCUCCAAUACAUUCUUCUUUCUCACAACACAACCAACAACAGCAUCAGAAUCACCAGCAGUUGCAACAUCACCAACAGCAGCAACAAGCUAAUGUGUCACCCAGUAUCAAUGACACAUCCCAUGGUCUUCUUACCAACCCUCAUGGAAUGAACGCUCCGAGCCAAGGCUCCAGUCAAACUAAGAAUAAUCUUCAUAUGAAUAAUUCCAUGCGUGGCAUGUCGCGUUCUUUUCUGCCCUCGCAUUACAGCCAGGUGAACGGCAGUGGAUCGAUUUGCACAGCCGGACCAUCGCCAUCGCAAAGUUCGGCUAGUGAUUGCGGGCCAUUAGUGGUAGAAGAUGCGCCAGAUUUCUUAUCUGCUUGUCGAAUGUGGACUUCACCUCCAGAAUCGAAUGUUGGGCCGCCCCAACAUCACCAACAUCACUGUGGCAAACCCACAACUUCCGGCAACGACGAAGAAAAAGUCAGGCUUGUGAGGUCAUCAAGGGCAAGUCGGGACAGCUUGAAUGGCAGCAGUGCAAGCAAUGCUCCUGGCUCUAACAAUCCCAGUGCAAAUGCUUUGAACACAUCAUCAGCUCUAAGUGGCAUGGAACGUGAACGAGAGUCCAGUAAGCCGCACAUUAAACGUCCCAUGAACGCCUUCAUGGUCUGGGCGAAGGAUGAACGUCGCAAGAUAUUGAAAGCAUGUCCUGAUAUGCAUAACUCAAAUAUUUCAAAAAUUCUCGGUGCACGAUGGAAGGCAAUGUCAAACUCUGAUAAGCAACCCUACUACGAGGAGCAAUCGAGACUUUCUAAACUGCAUAUGGAACAACACCCCGACUACAGAUACCGGCCACGACCGAAACGAACCUGCAUAGUCGACGGCAAAAAAAUGCGAAUAUCCGAGUACAAAAUGCUCAUGAGAACGCGAAGAGCUGAGAUGCGGCAGCUGUGGUGUCGUGAUGGCUCUGAAAAUGUCGGUUAUCUGCAAGAUAUGAAGGCAGCCGCAGCCGCUGCCGCCGCCGCUGCUGCUGCAGCAGCAGGAAAUGGUGCACAGGCCGUUAAUGAUAAUCGGCCAGGUCCUGGUGUCGGUGGGGUUUGUGCAACACCUAGUGGCAGCAGCGGAAUGGGGCCAUCCGUGACACCCCCUGCAUCGGUAUUGGCAACAGCAAAUGGCCUACUGAUGAGCGCUGCUCCGUCGGGAUGCGGGGCUAGCAGUGGUGGCGGACAUAGCUUCUAUUACCCACAAGACAGUUUAUCGCCAUCUGGCUUCUCAUCCGAAGGCAAUGCGACGAGUUUUGAUUCGCGUGAAGACGACUGAAGGGAGCUUCUGCGGUGGCCAACAAUACAUCCGCCGCAUCCGGGUAUGGGAUUUUGGUAGACGAAAAAUCCACUGGCUACUCCAACAAUCCCCCGAUUCUCAUUCCCCACCACCAUCACACCCACUCACCUACCAGUCGAAGGUGUGUUGCCUGUAAAAUAAGCAGUCAUAUGCAAAUAUAAAAGAAGGUCCUUUAAAUCUCGCAGUAAGCAAUAUACACAAAAAUACGCACACAUCACACCACACCACACAGUCAAAUCCAGUCAGAAACAUAGCUAGCAUAAAGGAAUGCAGACCCACACAGUCAUACAUAGCAAUACGAUAACACACACAUAGUUGUAAAUAUAAACAAACAAAAGCAGAAUUUACUUAUUACUACUAAUUAUUUUUUAAGUAAAUUUAGAUAUAGAAUUAAAUAUAGAGAUCGCUAAUAAGAUUUGUUUUUUUUUUUCAUUAUUUUAACUGAAAUAAGUGCCAUUUUUUGCAAUACCAAUUUUUUAAUUGCUAUGUCCUUAUACAUUCUAAUACAAAAAUAACCUACAAUUUAUUAUAUAAUUAAAAAUAAACAAAAUAAAAAAAACUACUCUCUAAUAAACUCUUUAAGAGAAGUUGAAGUAUAGUAAUUAUUAAUAAGACCACAUCUUAUUUUUAUGAGAGCGUGGAAAAUUUGUGCCAUUUUAUAUGUUCGUUUUGGUUUUAUUAGAUUUGUUCGUGUAUAAUUGUUAUUAUUUAUUAUAUAUAUAAAUAUAUAUAAAUACAUUUAUAUUUAUAAAUAUUUGUGUUCUCUAUAAGUUGCAAGGUUUUCAUUCAUCAGUCUGUGCAAAGUAAACGUUAAUCAAACCAACAUAGCCAUAUUUUAGUUAGUUUUUUUUAUAUAUAUUAUUUCAUUUUAAUUUUCAAUAUUAAUUAGUUAUAUUUAAUUGUAGAAAAUAAUUAAAAUCCGUUUGAAAAAAUAAAUAAAUUAUAAGCUACAUAUAAUUCGUUGUUCUUCCAAGAGCCAUACGUUUUUUUUAUUGUUAAUUUAUUAUUUUCUUUGGUCACAAAAUUUUGAAAAAUGUUUAAAAUUACACAUGCCCCUUAUAAUCAAAUGUUUGCUUGAGAAGAAAAAUUAAAAAUAUUCCUUCUUUCGGAGAAACGAAAAAAUCCUAACUUAAAAGUACUUUAAAACGUAAAGAACACAACAUUUUUCGAUUUCAAUCACUUAAGUUUAUAAUAAAAAAAUAUAAUACAAAUUGGAACAAUAAACAAGAACGGAAUUAAAAUAAUAAAUAAAUUAUGGUAUACAUAUAUAUUUUUGUGUUACAAAUACAUAUUUUGCGUAACUGUAUGUUUAUGUUUUUAUUUUCUUUAUGUUUUAAAGGGUGUUGUUUUUGUGCAGGAUCUUAACUUUGAAUAAAGGUUAAGGGAUCAAUUCUAAGAAUUAAAAGAUCUCAAAGUUAUUCAACGACGACUUAAAUAAUCAAG